ACCUAUGCACAUUCAUGCCACUGGAGAUUAUAUUCAAUAUGCUUAGUUGGGGGCUGCCGAUUUAGCAGUGAUGUGCUCCCUUCAGAGAAGUGGAAUGGCUGAAAACAAGGAAGAAAGUUUCUGCUGAGAUACAGUGAAGAGAAAGGAAAAGAAAUAAAGGCCAUGGCUACUAGAGCAUCAUCUGGCAUCACUGCUGCUUCCAGGGGCUCUAGUAACAUUACAACAAGCACUGUGCUAACCACUACCCAACCCAACUUCAUUGAAGGCCUUCUCAACAAAAUCCCAUUACCCAGAUGGGCUCUCAUAGCAAUUGCUGUGGCAGCGGGCCUAGUCCUGCUACUCUUCCUUAUCUGUAUCAUCAAGUGCUGCUGCUGCAGGAAGAAACACAAGAAGAAGGAGAAACUCAACAUGGCAAGCUUUAAUGGCUCCUCCACCACAGCCAGCUUGGUCCAACCUGAUAUGGAAGACAUUGAAUGUGGACUGGAAGAUGAGAAACGAGGACGGCUGCAAUAUUCCCUAGAGUAUGACUUCCGUAGCCAGGAGUUGAAGGUUGGUGUGAAACAGGCAGCAGAUCUAAAGGCCAUGGAUGAUGGAGGUACCUCUGAUCCCUAUGUGAUUGUCUUCCUGACAUCUGACAUAAGGAAGAAGUAUGAAACAAAGGUUCACCGUAAGACACUCAAUCCUGUUUUCAAUGAGAGCUUCGUUUUUCAGGUCUCCCAGGCACAGGUAACUGAGGCCAUACUGGUUAUGCAAGUGUAUGAUUUCAACCGCUUUUCCAAACAUGACAUAAUUGGUGAGGUGUGUCUACCUCUUGUGGAUGUGGACUUACAGCAUGUAAUGGAACAAUGGCUUGAUCUCUCUCCAGCUGGCAAGAUAGAGCAAGAGCACCUUGGAGAUAUCUGCUUCUCACUGCGAUAUGUCCCCAGUACCAGCAAAUUAACAGUUGUCAUCUUGGAAGCCAAAAAGCUCAAGGAUAUGGACGCAAGCGGAUUGUCAGACCCAUAUGUCAAAGUGCAACUCAUUCUGAACAAAAAGAAAUGGAAGAAAAAGAAGACAAGUAUAAAGAAAAACACAUUAAGCCCCUACUUCAAUGAAGCCUUUGUUUUUGACGUACCCUUCAACUUGAUCCAGAAUGUAGACCUGGUGAUUUCAGUCUGGGAUCAUGACAAAGUGACCAAGGAUGACCAGAUCGGAAAGCUGUUCCUCAGCUGCCGAGCUACAGGGAACCAGCUGCGCCAUUGGUCAGACAUGCUGGUUAAUCCUUCCAGGCCUGUGGCCCAGUGGCACAGCCUGCAGCCGGUGGAAGUCAUUGACAAAACCCUGGGGUUGAAGACACGCUUCAAGCUGCCAUUACCCACCAGCUAAAAAAGGAAACCCAAAACAGUUCUCUCUAUACUGUCCACUCCAGAAGGAAACCCAUAGCUAUUAUUUAUAAAGGAAG